UAUGGCUGGUGAGUGGGGCUGGGGAGGCUGGCACCGGAUCUCCACGGCUCCUCCAUGCUAGCCGAGGCGGAUGGCACCGUCCCCCGUGGCAGCGACAGCUCUAUGAGGACCAGCAGUAUCAACAGUCUCAGCAAGCCGGAGUCGUCGAUCUUCAUGUCCAAGAUGCAAAACCUCGUCAUUCCCUUCUCGUCCGAGGUGCCCUGCGACAAUAACGGGCAGCGCAUGUGGUGGGCUUUCCUCGCCUCCUCCAUGGUGACGUUUUUCGGGGGUCUCUUCAUCAUCCUGCUGUGGAGGACGCUCAAGUAUCUGUGGACCGUGUGCUGCCACUGCAACAUCAAGACCAAGGAGGCCCAGAAAGUGAACAACCCGGCGAACAAUCAGUCGGCAGAGCGGCCAGCGAAAAAUCCCGAUGAAAAGGAGGAGGCCCCGGCCAGCGAGGUGGGAUGGAUGACCUCUGUCAAAGACUGGGCAGGUGUCAUGAUCUCGGCUCAGACCCUCACCGGCAGAGUUCUGGUGGUGUUGGUGUUUGCGUUGAGUAUCGGGGCCCUUGGGAUAUACUUCAUAGAUUCAUCAGAUCCAAUUGAGUCCUGCCAGAACUUCUACAAAGACUUCACGUUACAGAUCGAUAUGGCCUUCAAUGUCUUCUUUCUACUUUAUUUCGGCCUGCGGUUCAUUGCGGCUAAUGAUAAGCUGUGGUUCUGGCUAGAGGUCAACUCAGUGGUCGACUUCUUCACCGUCCCGCCUGUCUUUGUGUCCGUCUACCUGAACAGAAGCUGGCUCGGUCUAAGAUUCCUGAGAGCGCUGCGGCUAAUACAGUUCUCUGAGAUCUUACAGUUUUUGAACAUCUUGAAAACAAGCAAUUCCAUCAAGCUGGUGAACCUGUGCUCCAUCUUCAUCAGCACAUGGCUCACCGCUGCUGGCUUCAUACAUUUGGUGGAAAACUCAGGGGAUCCUUGGGAAAACUUCCAGAACUCCCAGUCACUUUCCUACUGGGAGUGUGUCUACUUGCUGAUGGUGACCAUGUCCACGGUGGGCUACGGGGACGUCUAUGCAAAAACCACUCUGGGCCGCCUCUUUAUGGUCUUCUUCAUCCUCGGCGGUUUGGCCAUGUUUGCCAGCUACGUCCCUGAAAUCAUAGAGUUAAUAGGAAACCGCAAGAAAUAUGGUGGUUCCUAUAGUGCGGUUAAUGGGAGAAAGCAUAUUGUCGUUUGCGGUCAUAUUACCCUCGAAAGUGUCUCCAACUUCCUCAAAGACUUCCUACACAAGGACAGGGAUGAUGUCAAUGUAGAAAUUGUUUUUCUCCAUAAUAUUUCCCCUAAUCUUGAGCUGGAAGCCUUGUUCAAACGCCACUUCACCCAAGUGGAGUUCUACCAAGGAUCUGUUCUCAACCCGCAUGAUCUGGCCAGAGUGAAGAUCGAGUCAGCGGAUGCUUGUUUAAUCUUGGCCAACAAAUACUGUGCAGAUCCUGACGCUGAAGACGCCUCAAAUAUCAUGAGAGUCAUCUCGAUCAAGAACUACCAUCCCAAGAUCAGAAUUAUCACACAGAUGCUCCAGUAUCACAAUAAGGCUCAUCUGCUGAACAUUCCAAGUUGGAAUUGGAAGGAGGGCGAUGAUGCGAUCUGCUUGGCGGAGCUCAAAGCCGGAUUCAUCGCCCAGAGCUGUCUGGCCCAGGGCCUGUCCACCAUGCUGGCCAACCUGUUCUCCAUGAGGUCCUUCAUCGAGAUCGAAGAGGACACAUGGCAGAAGUAUUACCUUGAAGGAGUGGCUAAUGAGAUGUACACAGAGUAUCUGUCCAGUGCCUUUGUGGGCCUCUCCUUCCCCACCGUCUGUGAGCUGUGUUACGUGAAGCUGAAGCUGUUGCUUAUUGCCAUCGAGUACAAGUCUGAGCAGAGAGAAAGCAGAAGCCGAAAGCGCAUCCUCAUCAACCCGGGCAACCAUGUGAAGAUGCAGGAGGGCACACUGGGCUUCUUUAUCGCCAGUGAUGCCAAAGAAGUGAAGAGAGCGUUUUUCUACUGCAAAGCUUGUCACGAUGACAUCACCGACCCUAAACGCAUCAAGAAGUGCGGAUGCAAACGACCCAAGAUGUCCGUCUACAAACGAAUGAAACUGGCAUGUUGUUUUGAUUGCGGCCGUUCAGAGCAAGACUGCUCUUGCAUGUCAGGCAGUGUACAUAGUAACAUGGACACCCUUCAGAGGGCCUACCCACUUUCCUCUGUCUCUGUUCAUGAUUGCGCAACCACUUUACGUGCCUCCAAAUAUAAGUAUAAUGGAUAUGUCAGACCACCAGCAGAUGGCGCUACAACACCAGGGAACAGUGGAAGCCAAAAAGAGACUGGCGUUCGAUUCAAAGCUGAUUGCAAUUUAGUCACGGAUGAAGUUAGACCGACAUUUCAAAACCGAUCAGUUAAAACAACUGCCUGCACCUCCAUCACCUCAAAUGCAUUCCAACCCAACACCCUGCAUCCCAACCCGGACCCCCUGGUCAACCAAAGCACGGUCAACGUCCCCCUUGUAAAUAACCGUAAAGGAAGCCUGCUUCCCCUGGGGCAGGCGCCCGACCCCUCCAAACUGCGCCUCAGUAUCUCAGGCCCAGGAGACGCAGCGGCCAGAUCCCUGGCUGAGAGUCGGCUGAACCGGGCCCGCAGUCUACCGGUGAAAUACCGCUACCACCCCAGUAAUGCCAUGCUGCUCAGUCACAGUAGGCACUUCGAAGAUGAGCAUCCAUCAACGCUCUCGCCCAAAAAAAAGCAGCGCAACGGCGGAAUGCGAAACUCGCCCAACUGCUCACCCAAAAUGAUGAGUAGACACGAUCCUCUUCUCAUCCCGGGAAAUGACCAGAUAGAAAACAUGGACAUGAGCGUGAAGAGGUAUGAUUCGACAGGAAUGUUUCACUGGUGCCCGUCGAAAGACAUCGAAAAAGUCAUCCUGACUCGCAGCGAAGCCUCAAUGACGGUGCUCAGUGGUCAUGUAGUGGUCUGUAUAUUUGGGGAUGUCACGUCCGCUUUAGUGGGGCUGCGAAACCUUGUGAUGCCUUUAAGAGCUAGUAACUUCCAUUACCAUGAACUUAAGCCCAUCGUUUUCGUGGGCUCUCUGGAUUACCUGCGGCGAGAGUGGGAGACUUUACACAACUUCCCCAAAGUCUCCAUCUUACCUGGCACGCCAUUAAGUCGGGCAGAUUUAAGGGCUGUCAACAUCAACCUCUGCGACAUGUGCGUCAUACUGUCAGCCAAUCAGAACAAUAUCGAAGACGCCUCACUGCAGGAUAAAGAAUGCAUCUUGGCAUCACUCAACAUCAAGUCUAUGCAGUUUGAUGACAGCAUCGGAGUCUUACAGGCUAACUCCCAAGGUUUCACGCCUCCUGGAAUGGACCGGUCAUCUCCAGACAGCAGCCCAGUACAUGGCUUUGUGCGUCAGGCUUCCGUCACCACCGGCUCCAACAUCCCCAUCAUCACAGAACUAGCUAAACCUGGCAAACUGCUGCCGUUGGUUUCACUCAGUCAGGAAAAAAAAAGCGGAACCAACAUACAAAUGAUAACAGAGCUGGUGAACGACUCGAAUGUUCAGUUCUUGGACCAAGACGAUGACGACGACCCGGACACGGAGCUGUACCUCACGCAGCCCUUCGCCUGCGGCACCGCUUUCGCCGUCAGCGUGCUCGACUCCCUGAUGAGUGCGACAUACUUUAACGACAACAUCCUGACCCUCAUCCGGACGUUGGUCACGGGAGGAGCCACUCCGGAGCUGGAGGCCCUGCUGGCCGAGGAGAACGCGCUUCGAGGGGGCUACAGCACACCGCAGACGCUGGCCAACAGAGACAGGUGUCGCGUCGCCCAGCUAGCGCUCUACGACGGGCCCUUUGCCGACUUGGGAGAUGGUGGCUGUUACGGGGAUCUGUUCUGCAAAGCACUGAAGACCUACAACAUGCUGUGUUUUGGAAUCUACAGAUUAAGAGACGCUCACCUCAGUACGCCGAGCCAGUGUACAAAGCGAUACGUGAUCACCAAUCCUCCGUACGAGUUCGAGCUGGUGCCCACAGACUUAAUUUUCUGCCUCAUGCAGUUCGACCACAACGCAGGCCAGUCGCGGACAAGCUUGUCCCACUCUUCCCACUCCUCUCAUUCCUCCAGCAAAAAGAGCUCCUCCGUCCACUCCAUCCCUCCAUCCAACAGACAGAACCGCAGCAGCAAGACCCGGGAGUCUCGCGACAAACAGAAUGCAACAAGGAUGAAUAGAAUGGGCCAAGAAAAGAAAUGGUUUACAGAUGAACCAGACAAUGCCUACCCACGGAACAUUCAGAUCAAGCCCAUGAGCACUCACAUGGCCAACCAAGUCAACCAGUACAAAUCCACCAGUAGUCUGAUUCCACCCAUCAGAGAAGUCGAAGAUGAAUGCUGAAGACCAGGUUUCUUUUGUUCCUGCGGACUCACCAAAACGCUCUUUAAAAGACUCCAUGAGUGAUGCUGUUGAGAGCUCACGCCCUUCACUCAUUCUUCUAACAAAGGUUGGACUGGAACCUGGACUGGAAGGGACCUCCUCUGUGUAUACCUUUAAUGUUACUUCCAUGCUCUCGGACAUUUGUUUUAUUUAUUAAUGUAUCCAUAGAGAUGUACAUAAUGACAAUCAAAAUAAGCAUUGUACAGCCCCUCUCCUCUAGCACUUUUUGGAAUUAUUUUAAGAUUUGCUGAAGAAAAAAAAAGAAAAAAAAAAAAAAAAAAAGAAAGUACUUCCUCGAAUUCUUUGCAAUAGUCCACCUCUCGGUGUGACCGGACUCUAUGGCUGGUUGGUUGGAGCGAUCAUAUCAUCUCCCAAAGAUCCACCAAGAUCAUCUGUCCUGUCUACUUCUGUUCGAUUUGCACUAAAACUGUUACUUUCGAUAGAGCAACUGGUACCGUCCUGUGAGGAAACGUGUGCGAACGAGGAAAAAGAGGGAUGCUGCGCGGAAGGCACCCUAACAUUUCUGAGGCUGUUGUCACAUUUUGCUACUUUACAGUCACGUCGAGUGCAUUCCAGUCCCGCAGAACAUUGUGUGGCGGAGCGACGGAUAUGUCAACAUGCCAGUACAACAGACACGAAGAGAAGCCGAUCCAAGGGGUGUAACGGUUCAUUCAUCUCAGAAAAACUUGGCCAUCAUCUUAAUCUCAGCAGAAUUUGUCAGUCAGCGGUCUCUUCUUUUAUGGGGUGAGCGCAACAAUACCAUAGGUGGUGGCAUGCAAGAAAGUUUCCUAUGAGAUACAAUGGAAAAGUCAAUGUCCCCAAGCACCAAUUGCCCAUCAAUUCGGUUGUUGUCUUUGGCUUCCCUCAAUGCCGCAAUGUUUCACCACUCUAUUGAGGAUCUAUGGUAACCGUCGUCUGCCAUGUUUUGGCCAUAUCAUACACAUUCGCCUAGAUGCUGAAAUGGCCUGGGGAAGAAUUGGCCAUUUUUUGGGACUUAACAACAAAGCGUCUGGCACACUUGGCACCCAAAAUUGACAUAUUUCCAGCCAAAAUGUUUCAGAGAUGAGUUGCUCUUUACACAUAUGGCACCUGAUGUAAACCCCCUUGGUAUGCGUUUGCAUACCAAAAACAAGGGGGUGCGGCACCAUGCCCCAUAAAGAACACAUUGAAGAGACUGUAUAUAAAGAGGGCCAAAUACAUUCAACAUUCUAGUUGUGACCUCUAUAUGAGGAUGCUUUGCAAAAACAUACCGUUACACCCCAAGUUGAGCAGUGUCUUCAUCUUUUAACAAAGCGUUCAUUUUAACAGCAUUGUAUUUCUGCUAUCUAACCACCACGAUCAGCCGGUAUGUCCUUGAUAGCUGCGGCAUGCGGGAGCUCUUCCAAAAAGUUCUGGGACGUACCAACGAAAGCGCUGCACCACACCCAAUCCUGUUUGAGCCACUGUCACCCUGCCCACGCUCUGCCAUCAUCCACCUGGCAGUCACCUGGGAUCACAGUGAAUAUUGCAUUAAUCGUGUUCUGAGAAAAAUGAAAAUGCCACAUAUUGCCAAAAAGUGGGCAUCAACGGGUCCUCCUGAUCGGAGAAACUGCCUGGCACAGGGUUGGCACAGAGGCAGGAAAGAGCUUGGAUGUUCUCUGUUGCCAAUCCAGAUGUCUCGAAAAAAACGGACUCACCUGAAUGAUGUGAAAAUGCUCAAACAGGAUUGGGUGGUGCGGCGAGGGUCCCACAAACAGUGUGGAGUGGCGUGGGUUUGGUUUUUUUGGAAGUUCCUGCUGACAAAUUCAGGGCUUGAGAUCUCACUUUUAACACAUAAAUAGUGGUGUUCCCAUUUUACUUUUGCAGACUUUAGCCAAGUAAAAACUACUAAUGUAGUAUUGAAGACAUAUCAAAGGAUUCUAACAUGUCGUAUCUCCCUACAUUAACAGCCAUGCACCACGAUGGAGCUUAUCAUAACUGGCUUGCUGUAUUAAAUCUUCAGCCUGGCAGCUUGGCUCUUUGUAGAAUCCCCGGGUUUUCAGCUGGGCCCACUGCUAAGAUACAAUGGGAAGUGUGUACUGGCACUGAGUGAGAUACAUGUUGCAGUAGUAAAUGAUCAUGUUUUAAUGCAGUGUCUGACCUAAAUUAGGUCCCUGGAGUGGAGUGUUACGCUACAGAACUGUACGCCUGUGGUGUUUCCUACUUGUGCCCAAAAUACAGUGUUUGAUUUUAGGAGUAAGAGUGAGUCACAGGAUGCAUAUACAGUGCGCCAUAUUUAGCUAUUUUAGUUGGUUUUCUCACUAUAAAACAGUCAAUUGGGAAGGCUGUGGGCCAUGCAAAAUGGCUUCCAGGGCCUGACUUGGGCCGCCUUCGUCUUGUUUCCUUAAAGGGGUAGUAGGGUUCGAUUUUCAUGGGACAAGAAGCAGGCGACACCCUGGACAGGUGGGCUGUCCAUCAGAGUAAAUUAUCAACCUAAGAUUCCUUUAAGAAUUUGGCGCCAAAAUGUCCCGUACAAGGUGGCGACACAUACUAGUAUCUGUAUUCGAUAGUCAGGUCUGAGUAAGUGUCUCAUGCGUAUUGGUGCAUGAACAUUAUUCGCAGGACAAUUGAACAAGUUCGUAAAGGAACUCGGGCAAAUCUGAUUCACGUAAGUCGCAGAUUGCAGGCUGUUUCCGUUAUUUUUGAUUUCAACACUGACUUUAUUGAGAAAGUCACCCGAGUUAGAGUGGAGGGGGGUUGCGACUUGGACGACAAGGCUGCAUCAGUGGUGACUCAUAAUGUCACUCAAGUAUGUUAAACUGAAGCGAACUUCACAUGAGAACUAUGUCUAACAGUCAAGGUGUAGGAGUACUCUGUUACAGGGUCCAGUUCUGAAUGAAAACUGCUUAUCAUAUUCUAAUUCUAAAGUCAAGCACUGUACGUUGGGCUGAAGACAACAAGCUAUAUUUAUUGCGAUUCAUUCUCUUGAGGCUUAAAAGUACUGAAACUCUCGAUUGUGCUGUUUGUCGUGAAUCCAACCGUGUUUCAUUUCAAAAGCUAAAACUGGUCAGAGCUUUACUGUCCGUCUAUAGGUUGUGUAAUUCUGAAGCCUCAUUUGUCCUGAAGUGAACUUUUGAACUGUGAUUACAUCGUUGUAGUAAUUAGAAUUCCAUUCGAAAGGUAUACGUGUAAAAGUGAAUCUUUGUGUAAUUCGGUUGCAAACAGCAAUGAGGAUCUAUUUACGAAUUUUUUCGACAAACUGAUUGUUGUAUGAGAAAAAAAAAAAAACAGACAAGUGUGUUUAUUGACAAAGACGUUUGAUAAAAGGAGCCAUCACAAAGAUGGAGAGUAGCGCUAAGUUAGUAUCCGACAAACUUUUAUUCGACGUGUUCGUAGAUGGUUAACAUUCCAUUUUGUCAGCUCGUCUUCACAUCUCUGCCGCUUGUUUUUUUCCCCCCUUGUUUACGCACGAUUUAUGCUACAAAUCAAAGCGACCGUAAGCUUCGACUCAAAUUCACAAUGUGACGCACCGUUUUUUGACUUGAAUACUGUGCCGUGCGGCUCGCUGAGGCCGACACAACGAUCUGCUCCUCGCUUCAUCGUCCUCACGUUGUCUGUUGUAAAUGCAUCGUAUACCUCUGAAGUCGUCUUUGAAGUGCCAUUGAGAGUUUUUGGAACGAGCAUCCUUCGGUCAUUCAGGGAUUUUUCCACUGUGAGAGUCUGGCACUGACAUGGAGAACAUCCAAGCUAUCAAUGCCUCCAUGUUAGUGCUGUGCCAGGUAGUGCAGGAGGACCCAAGUUAAGCCCCACUCGAGCGAAAAGUGGCAUUCUGUGAAAACGCCGGUCAUAAACAUGAGUCCUGCUCAUUGACACAUUCGUCUGUGUUGUGUGUUUACGUCCAUUCUAUGCUAAAAUGUAUAUGAAUCACUGAAAGAUAGUGAUGCUGUCGUCCACUCCAUCCAGAGAUGCAUCGUACCCGACUGUCACAGUAUGCUGCAUUAUUUUUGUCAAUCUAUUUUUUGCUGAAAAAGAUGGAUAUAAUAGCUUAUAUGCUGGGAAUAGUACACAAAUAUAGAAUAUAUAAUGACACACAGGGAUGGGAUUUGGGUCUCAAGUCUUAAUAUCACAUUGAAAUUGCAUUGAGCAAUUUUUUUAUUAUUAUUUUUUAAACAAAGGUGAGAGUUUUGAAUUUUCUUUGGAUACAUAUCAGUCCAGGAAUAAUUCAGGACAUUGCUCUUGCGUAUCACUGAUUUGUUGGCACAUUGUCAUCGCAGCAAACAGGAGUUUGACAUUGCAGUCUAAUUAGUUUUGGAUGUGUUCUAGAUACGACGGGUGAUGGGUUGUUUGAUGGUGCUGAGUUGAUCUACCUGACUCUGUCAAAUAUAAUCUGCUGAUAAAUAUACUGUCUUGUACAAAACGUUUGUACAUAGAUUGUACAUGGUUUCUUUUUGUAUUUUCUCAAAUUAAAAUGGAUGUAUUUGUGUUCUAAACCUGGAAAUGGUUGUCGCCGUUGUUCAUUGUUUGUUUUUGGUUUUGGAAAACGCAACCUGAGUAUGUGGGGAAAAAAGUGUUAUGAAGAGUGGAACCCUUUGUGAGCCUGGCAGCUCAUUCAAAACAAGAACAUGGGAACAAAACCUGUGGCAGCAAGAUCAAGACAACAACAUCAGAAAGAAGUUAGUUUUUCAUACGGUUCUAGGGGACAAACAUCGAUGUAAAGGUGGCUACAGGUGGAUUGAGGUAGUUCCACACGAUGAUGGAUAAGUUUCAUAAAACAGUGUCCUGAUUUUCAGACACCACUAGAUGGCGCUCUUAGUUUAGACAUUCAUUUCAUUGAAUUAUUUGCUCUAGUCCGAACAUUUUACAGCAGACAGUCUGGUCUGGUCUGGUGGCCUCUGAAAGUCAGCACACUGCUUCAUGAAACUUUAUUUACUUAUGAGACUGUGGCUUGAAACCUCAGCCACCCAUCACUACAAAAGACCAUGGUGGUAGGCACCGAGGCCCAGGAGAUGUCAGGAGUUGGGUUGCUUCAUUU